CUACUCCUUCCUCAGCCUGUCUCCUCUCAGUGCAGCCCUCCUUGGGCUAGACAUCCAGUAAACACUAGAUAAGUACUUACGGAGCUGGGUGGAUUUUCCAUUCAUGGUUCCCUGGGGCACAAGUGGAGGUGGUAGGUCUGGGCCCUGUCUGGUCUAGAGAGAGGAGACCCUUUUACAAAGGGCAGGCACGUAGUUCUGAGAGGAGGAGCUGAUGGCAGAGCUGGCUGGGCUGCUCAGGUAACUGCAGAGGGUCUGGGCCUGGACCCCCCAAGGGAGUCCCCACUGAAUGGUCAGGUUGCCUGAGAUAGCUGAACCCUAGGCACUUUGUGGGCAGAGAUCCCCUUAAGCUGCUCCGAUCCUCCCUCCCCCACAGUGAGUCUUGGGCAUGGGGGAUGCUCCCCUCUCUACUUGGGGAAGGGGCCUUCCUAAUUAUAUCCCCCUCCACUCACAUGGAAAUGAGUUUGGAUUUUCUGAGCGUACACCAGCUGGCUUGGGGGGAGGCAGCCCAGAAGGCUGCUGGCUGGGGAAGGGAGGAAAAAGGAGAGGGAGGGGAAGGAGCCAGGCCAAGAUGAAAAAUUUCCAGUGUUCUCCCAGGCAGAGCAACAGCGGGUCCCUGAGUGCUCCCCACAUAUCAUCGUUGUGCCUGCUGAUAGGCUCAACAGGGAGCCGUGUCCACUUAGGCGAACCCGUCCUCCGAGGACCAUAGUCCUCAGGGUGCGAACCACUUAGCAGGCCAUAGCAAGGUUGUUGGGUGUUGGACUCCUCUGCGCCCUUGGAGAGAAGUCCUCCACGACUUCUACGCCAAUCUUUUUACGUGGUGCGGGGAGUGGAACUGAGGCCCAGAGAGGGGAUAGGGCCUGCCGCUCCUGGCAGAAGACCACAAGUCUGGCUUGUCCGCAGCUAGGCUUUCCCCCUAGAGUUGCCCAGGAGAGGGUGGUGAAGGUUCCCCCAGCAGUUCCGCUCUCGCUCAGGAAAGCCAGUGAGGCGAGAAAAGGCUGCGAGGGGCGGGGGGAGGGGCGGGGUGGGGUCAGCGCUGGCUCCGCCUCCUGGCGCUUGGGUCUGCCUGCGGCCGGGCGCUGGCUCAGUCUCGGCUGAUUGCCGCUGUCGCUCCCGGGGCCACGGGAUGACGCCUCCUCCGUCCGGACGUGCCGCCCCCAGCGCACCGCGCGCCCGCGUCCCUGGCCCGCCGGCUCGGUCGGGGCUCCCGCCGCAGCUGCUGCUGCUGCUCUGGGCGGCCGCCGCCUCCGCCCAAGGCCACCUAAGGAGCGGACCCCGUAUCUUCGCCGUCUGGAAAGGCCAUGUAGGGCAGGACCGGGUGGACUUUGGCCAGACUGAGCCGCACACGGUGCUUUUCCACGAGCCAGGCAGCUCCUCCUUGUGGGUGGGAGGACGCGGCAAGGUCUACCUCUUUGACUUCCCCGAGGGCAAGAACGCAUCUGUGCGCACGGUGAACAUCGGCUCCACAAAGGGGUCCUGUCUGGAUAAGCGGGACUGCGAGAACUACAUCACUCUCCUGGAGAGGCGGAGUGAGGGGCUGCUGGCCUGUGGCACCAACGCCCGGCACCCCAGCUGCUGGAACCUGGUGAAUGGCACUGUGGUGCCGCUUGGCGAGAUGAGAGGCUAUGCCCCCUUCAGCCCGGAUGAGAACUCCCUGGUUCUGUUUGAAGGGGACGAGGUGUAUUCUACCAUCCGGAAGCAGGAAUACAAUGGGAAGAUCCCUCGGUUCCGCCGCAUCCGGGGCGAGAGUGAGCUGUACACCAGUGAUACUGUCAUGCAGAACCCACAGUUCAUCAAAGCCACCAUCGUGCACCAAGACCAGGCUUACGAUGACAAGAUCUACUACUUCUUCCGAGAGGACAAUCCUGACAAGAAUCCCGAGGCUCCUCUCAAUGUGUCCCGAGUGGCCCAGCUGUGCAGGGGGGACCAGGGUGGGGAAAGUUCACUGUCAGUCUCCAAGUGGAACACUUUUCUGAAAGCCAUGCUGGUAUGCAGUGACGCUGCCACCAACAAGAACUUCAACAGGCUGCAAGACGUCUUCCUGCUCCCUGACCCCAGCGGCCAGUGGAGGGACACCAGGGUCUAUGGUGUUUUCUCCAACCCCUGGAACUACUCAGCUGUCUGCGUAUAUUCCCUCGGUGACAUUGACAAGGUCUUCCGCACCUCCUCACUCAAGGGCUACCACUCAAGCCUUCCCAACCCGCGGCCUGGCAAGUGCCUCCCAGACCAGCAGCCGAUACCCACAGAGACCUUCCAGGUGGCUGACCGUCACCCAGAGGUGGCGCAGAGGGUGGAGCCCAUGGGGCCUCUGAAGACGCCAUUGUUCCACUCUAAAUACCACUACCAGAAAGUGGUCGUCCACCGCAUGCAAGCCAGCCACGGGGAGACCUUUCAUGUGCUUUACCUAACUACAGACAGGGGCACUAUUCACAAGGUGGUGGAGCCGGGGGAGCAGGAGCACAGCUUCGUCUUCAACAUCAUGGAGAUCCAGCCCUUCCGCCGCGCGGCUGCCAUCCAAACCAUGUCGCUGGAUGCUGAGCGGAGGAAGCUGUAUGUGAGCUCCCAGUGGGAGGUGAGCCAGGUGCCCCUGGACCUGUGUGAGGUCUAUGGCGGGGGCUGCCAUGGUUGCCUCAUGUCCCGAGACCCCUACUGCGGCUGGGACCAGGGCCGCUGCGUCUCCAUCUACAGCUCCGAACGGUCAGUGCUGCAAUCCAUUAAUCCAGCCGAGCCACACAAGGAGUGUCCCAACCCCAAACCAGACAAGGCCCCACUGCAGAAGGUUUCCCUGGCCCCGAACUCUCGAUACUACCUGAGCUGCCCUAUGGAAUCCCGCCACGCCACCUACUCAUGGCGCCACAAGGAGAACGUGGAGCAGAGCUGCGAACCUGGUCACCAGAGCCCCAACUGCAUCCUGUUCAUUGAGAACCUCACGGCGCAGCAGUACGGCCACUACUUCUGCGAGGCCCAGGAGGGCUCCUACUUCCGCGAGGCUCAGCACUGGCAGCUGCUGCCCGAGGACGGCAUCAUGGCUGAGCACCUGCUGGGCCGUGCCUGUGUCCUGGCCGCCUCCCUCUGGCUGGGGGUCCUGCCCACACUCACUCUUGGCUUGCUGGUCCACUAGGGCCUCCCGAGGCUGGGUAUGCCUCAGGCUUCUGCAGCCCAGGGCACUAGAACGUCUCACACUCAGAGCCGGCUGGCCCGGGAGCUCCUUGCCUGCCGCUUCUUCCAGGGGACAGACUAACCCAGUGGAGGAUGCCAGGCCUGGAGACGUCCAGCCGCAGGCGGCUGCUGGGCCCCAGGUGGCGCACGGACGGUGAGGGGCUGAGAAUGAGGGCGCCGACUGUGAAGCUGGGGCAUCGAUGACCCAAGACAUUAUCUUCUGGAAAAUAUUUUUCAGACUCCUCAAACUUGACUAAAUGCAGCGAUGCUCCCGCUCCAAGAGCCCAUGGGUCGGGGAGUGGGUGUGGAUAGGAGAGCUGGGACCCCAUCUCUGGACCCUGGGGCUGAGGCCUGAGUCCUUCUGGACUCUUGGUACCCACAUUGCCUCCUUCCCCUCCCUCUCUCAUGGCUGGAUGGCUGGUGUUCCUGAAGACCCAGGGCUACCCUCUGUCCAGCCCUGUCCUCUGCAGCUCCCUCUCUGGUCCUGGGUCCCACAGGACAGCCGCCUUGCAUGUUUAUUGAAGGAUGUUUGCUUUCCGGACGGAAGGACGGAAAAAGCUCUAUUUUUAUGUUAGGCUUAUUUCAUGUAUAGCUACUUCCGACUGCAUCUGUAUGAAAAUACCAAAACUACAUGCUGGGGGGGUGGGAAAGGGAGGGGCUGGGAAGGGAUGGGUUGGGGAGGGGGGUGAUCCCAGUCUGAGGCUCCCGGGGAUGAGAUAAGAGUCUGGAGACGGGCAUGGGUUCUUGGAGAGUGGCAUGAGCUGGCUCUGCCCUGGGAGCCCGGUCUGAGGGGGACGUUGUUGGAGCCCCCAGUGUUGGGGGUGGUUAUGGGAGGGGGUGGGGUGAGGGAAAUAAGGGAGAAUGAAGGAGAAAACUGAGCCCUAGUUUCACCGUGUUCAUUUAGAAGGACGAGCCGGGUCCUCAGGGGGAGGUUCCAGGACUCUGCCCUUGGCGUUGAGGGUUGGGGGGCGGGGGGCCUCCUCCCUUCCUCUCAGCCCCCUUCCCCAGGGGCUGUGCUUCCAUGCUCCUAGCCUCCCACCUUCGCUCAGGACAUGUUAUAACUUAGGCUAAACUGUGAAAAUUCCGAUGGGGAUGGCCUGGGCCGAGCUCUCCAGGCAGGCGGCCCUGCCCCCAGCCCUGUCCAUCCAUUUCAGGGGGCAGCUGGGCCCUUCUCCGGCUGUGUCUGGCCACCCAGGGCAGGGGCUGGGGCCAGCGGCCUUCCAGCUUUGGCCCCUGCACCUCUUCUCAAUGCACUUUAAUAAUGUAACAUAUUACUAAUAAACGAGCUAUUUAUUUA